AUGUAUCACUGCUUUGGCUCGGAUAACUCUGUGAUAGAAAUUCUAGCAACCAUCACAGUCAGUGUGAAGGGUUCAGGUGUGAGCGUCCCAGCUCUGGUCCAUCAGUCAGAGUCUGAAACCAUCCAGCCAGGAGGCUCUGUGACUCUGAACUGUACAGACAAAUGCGGGACCUACGACUGCGCUGUGGUCUCAUGUGGAGACGGGACCAAGCUGGACUCUGGAGAGCUGACAGCCUUACUGUGGAAGUUUCACAUUCUAAAUACAUUUGAAACCAAAGGAUGCAUGUUUCAGAGUUUAAAUGUUAUCUUCUUUAUCUUUAUUCUCAUUUCAGCUCAGACAGCUGCUCUGAAAUCUUCGUCUGUUCAUCAUGAGAGACGAGAAACUGGAGAGAGUCUGACUUUGAAAUGUGAGAUCAAAGAUAAUGGCUCAUGGAUUUAUUGGUUUAAGCAAACUCUUGGAGAGAAGCUGAGGCCGGUCUGUUCUUUUAACAAACAUGGAGCUCAGAGCAGUUUGUUUGGUGAGUUUAAGGACAAUCCACGCUUCACACUGGAUACUGGAAAUAGUAACUUAAUGAUCUCUGAUCUGAAAAUGUCAGACUCAGCCAUUUAUCACUGCAUCUGUUACCACUACCCCAAAUUAGAAACUCUAGAGACCAUCACAGUCAGUGUGAAGGGUUCAGGUGUGAGCGUCCCAGCUCUGGUCCAUCAGUCAGAGUCUGAAACCAUCCAGCCAGGAGGCUCUGUGACUCUGAACUGUACAGUCCACACUGGGACCUGUGAUGGAGAACACAGUGUUUACUGGUUCAGAAACUCUGAGGAAGCUCAUCCAGGACUCAUUUACACCCAUGGAGGCAGGAAUGAUCAGUGUGAGAGGAACCCUCACUCACACACUCACACUUGUGUCUACAACUUGGCCAUGAGGAGCCUGAAUCUUUCUCAUGCUGGGACCUACUACUGCGCUGUGGUCUCAUGUGGACACAUACUGUUUGGAGACGGGACCAAGCUGGACUUUGGAGAUGAGGUGAGCUCUGGUGUCUUGGUGUAUUCUCUGAGUGGAGCUUUGAUAUCUGCAGUUAUCCUGAUAGUUGUCCUGGCCUUCUUAUUGUACAAGAUGAACAAAAGAAUCUGCUUCUUAUCUCAAGAGAUACAAGCAAGAUUUUCAGCUCCCUCCACAACAAACAUGGAGGUUAACAGAGGAGCAGACGACGUCUGUUAUGCCGCUGUGAACGUUAACAUGCCCAACACAUCAAGAAGACAGAGAAACACAGCCAGAGAUGAAUGUGUGUAUUCCAGUGUGAGGCAGUAGAAGUCAC